AACAGCUGCUGACUGCUGUGUGUGUUGUUCGUGUUCGGAAAUUCUUAUUAAUUAGUGUUUAUUUAAUUAAUUUAUCAAGCUUCACUACGUCUAAUAUCGCGAAUGAUGUGAAACUAUAGUGAUAAACAGUUGAACUUGAAAGUCAGUAGAAUUAUGAAAAUGCUGAAGUGAACAAAGCUAUCGUUCGAAGAGAAAGUGCUUCAUUAUUGAAUAACGGGUCGAUAGAAAUAUGUCUGUCCAUGAUCUGUCUGUUGGAUGUAGAUUUGCUGACUAUUUUGCGAUAUGCGGCCUCGACUUUGACUCUGGUUUAGAACCUGAUAGGCUUUGUGGUGACAAUUUACAUGUAUCUCCGCUAGAUCGGUCAUACAAAGGCAAGAUUUUAGCACACUAUCCUGAAAAUAUACCAAGCAAUCCUUUUGAUGAACAUGCUGUUUGUAUGUUGUGUUUGCCAGCCGGUCUGCAGUUUAGGACACAGAAACAUUCCUUAGAACCAAAAUUUCAUAGCUUUGUGGUAACAAGAGAAAAUGCAUCUAGAUACUAUGGAUUUAGUCUUAUAUUUUAUGAAGAAGUUAGAAACACAAAGAUAUGUACUGCUAUGCAUACUUUACAGGCAAUGUAUAUUACGGAACUAUCCAGCGGGCAGACGCCACCAGGACAUAGAAAGGGCACAGGAAAGGAAAGUUCACGGUCCCUACCACGGUCAUUCAAACUCGCUCCACAUACGGGUGCAGCACUCACUUAUUACGACAUAGCCAAAGAUAAACUUUAUGUAGCCAAAAGUAUAGCGUUGAUAUGUCAGUACCCAUAUGUCAGGGUGGCACAGUUGUUCUUAGAAAAUUUAUUCAGAUCCUUACCAAGACAGCCUGGGCCAGGGCUAAGCCCCGAGUCUUAUGUCUAUAACUUGCUUUAUGAAGUCCCAGUGCCCUUAAUGGGACAGGCAUUGCGUCUUUAUGUACCACCUCCUGAACCUCAUCUAGAUCCUAUUCCAGUUGUGAUAAGAAUGCCAAAUCCUCCUGAAGAGUUACCACUAUUGGAUUAUCCGUUAAGAGUUAUGUUCUCUACACUAGGUGUUGACUGUGUUGUUCAAUUAUUUACAUGUGUCCUAUUAGAACAUCAAGUCUUACUUAGAUCAAGUGAUUACAACAAACUGAUGUUAGUGGCUGAGUGCAUAGUCUCUCUCCUGUUGCCAUUCACAUGGGCCCAUGUGUAUGUGCCAAUACUUCCUGCUCCACUGUAUCACUUUCUGGACGCUCCGGUCCCGUUUGUUAUGGGCCUUCACGCCGACAGCGCGGCAAUCAGCAUCGGCAGUAAUGGCCUUCGCAGCAUCGCUCUGGGCUCUGAAGCGGCUUUGUGCUUGGUGGACAUCGACAAGUCUGACAUUCAGCUGCCAGAAGAACUGCCCAUAUUCCCCCACCGAACGCAUUUCAUCGAGGAAAUCAACCAUGUGUUGGACAAACAUCAGAUUCAAAGACCGGAUACAGAACCUACAAAACUUGGAGUGCCGCUCAAUGGGACAUCAUAUAAACACAUGAAUGACAGUAUGAGUAGCAGCUGCACAUUGCCUUCAGGUGGAUUACGUCGCAAGCAUUCGCUGCACGACGUGCUAGAAUGGGACGAGGGCCGGCCGCUGACCGCGUCGCCGCCCGCGUCUCCCACGCGCCGCGCGCCGCUCCGGCUCGACGCCUUGCAGCGCAUUGUGGACAUCGCGAAACGCACCGGUGUGAAUAUAGAUGAAGUAGACGCCGAAACUGUGAUGCCAGCUUUAAAAAAGAAAAUACUAAACGACGAGGAACAGUACAACGAAGACAUCAAAUUCAAUAUUGCCAUUAGAGAGACGUUCCUAAACCGAUUUGUUCAUAUAUUUCUCAUGUACGAGAACUUUGUCAUCAUGCCAGAUCAGGAUCGUGACUCUUGGUUGUCAGCUCGCGAAUCAAUGGUAAACUUCGAUAAGGCUUCCUUUCUGUCCGACCAGCCACAACGACACCGACCAUUCUUAUCGAGGUUCCUGGAAACCCAAAUGUUUGCGACACUCAUCGACAAUAAAAUAAUGGCCAACUGGAGCGAAUACGAUGCCAAUCUUCAAGUUUUUGAACAUCGAAUUAAGGCUGUUAGGCGGCGGCUGAACGAAGGCGGGCUGGCGCUGCGCGUGUAUAGCGUGUGGGCGGGCGGGGCGGCGGGCGGGGCGGGCGCGGCUGAGCUCGAGGUGGGCGCGCCGGCCGAGCGCUUGCCGCAUCGUGCCGCCUACUACCGCGCCUUCCCCGCACGCCUCGACCCCGCCGCCCUCGCGCCGCCUCCUGCCGCCGACCGCAGAACAAACAGUCUGAAGCGUAUCAAGAAUGCCAAGUGGCAAGUGAAAGAUUGUCCACCAGAAUUGUUAAUAGGCGACAUUAGUAGGAGAUUGUCCACUGAAGUUACUCCCAAUGCUAUCGCACAAAACCAGAAAACGUUUGUCGAGAAACUUCUCAAGGAAUGUAAAAGCAAAACAAAAAGAAUGCUUUUAGAAAAAAUGGGCACCGAAGAAUGUGACCUAGGCUUGGGAUCGGAAGUAUCUAUAACCGGCAUCGAAGAGAAUACGAUGAUCGCUUCAUUAUGCGAUUUGCUCGAGAGACUGUGGUCUCAUGGGGUCCAACACAAGAUGGGCAAGUCUGCCUUGUGGAUGCACCUUACGAACUAUCAAGAAUUGGAACAAUGUAGCAACUCGACUAAACCAAUCGAUCCUAAUUAUCUUACUCCAGAUUAUUACAUUUCACUCCUUUCGAAACAUGCAGCUUUGGCCUGGUGUGUAUUACGCAAGCGUCUGGACUACUUGUCGUCCGUGGGGGCUGAAGUGGAAGCCCAGCAAAGUUCCAGCAGUGGGGUUCGAUCCCGCGACAGUUCCCGAGGGGGAUCUCGGGAUAGUUCUAGAGACAGGCUGAGUAAUUCGGGUACUUUGGAGAGGAAAUCCUCGCAGCCACCAAACCCUUUACGACCCCUGCCGGAGAGUCUUACUUUUGAUAUGAGGAAUGUCCAAGCUAUGACAGAUAUAAAGACUGAGAUAGGCUACGCGCGAGCGUGGGUGCGACUGUCCCUCGAAAAGAAGUUGCUCUCUAAACACUUACGCGAACUACUCGCCGACGCUACGCUACUGCGGUCGCAAUACAAAAGGACCGCUUUCUUGCGUUGCGAGGAAGAAAGAGAACAAUUUCUUUAUCAUUUACUGACUUUGAAUGCUGUCGAUUAUUACUGCUUCACUAAUACUUAUCCCACUACAAAGCUACCAUAUCGUGUUCUAAUAGUACCCUCCCGAAAGGCGAGUCAAACUACAGCCAAUUGCUGGAUCUCAAUAUCGGGCACCAACAGAGAAUCUACGCCUAAAAUACCAAUACCACGAAAUACUAACGAGUUUGUGUUUCACCACAAAAAUUUGGGAAUAUUGUCCACGCUACGCAUUGGCCAUGACAAUUCAGGCAUGUCGCCUAGAUGGCUACUCGACCAAGUUUUCGUAAGAAACGAAGUCACUGGACAUACUUAUACGUUUCCCUGCAACCGCUGGCUAGGCACAGGGGUGGACGACGGCUCCACGGAGCGGCUGCUGCUGGCGGCGCGGCUGAGGAGCUCCCGCACGCCGCGCACCCCCGCCCCCGCGCCCGCCACGCAGCCCACCACCCCCACCACCACGCAUCUCUCCACUUCCACAAUACAGCACAUGAUAGGUGAUUGUGUGAAUGCCAUUGUGAAAUGGCACUACCAAUCUAAAAGGGAAAAGGACGCAAACUCUCUCAGUGUACUAUUGUGCGGCGAAAAUGGUUUAGUGAAAUGUUUGGAGCAAGCGUUUCUUUGUGGAUUUAAAUCUGCACGUCUCUUUGGAAAGAAUCUCUUCAUUUGGGAUUAUUUUGCGCGGGUAAAAGAUGAGUUCAAAAUGAGUCUAUGCGAUGAACCGAACGCUCAAAACAACAAAAGCUGUGGUGUCGCAUACAACUGUCGGCAAGAUCAAGAGCACAGGUCCAUUUGGCGUUGCUACUGCCAUCUUAUGGACGAAAUUAGCACUGCAGGCCGCACCUUGGGCAAGGAUGGAAAAUUCCAACUCUUUAUAUGCCUGAGUUUGCGAGAACAUUGGCUUCACCGCAUGCUAGUCCCGAUGUCCAUGACACGUGUCACAGUGGAGAUGUAUGAAGAACAGAGUUUCUUGCGCAAGCGCGGUCUUCUCACAUUCUUGAGACAGAUACUCGAGCCUUUGGACGAGUUCGAUAUCGUCCUUGAAAAUUCUCUUACUCAAGGCAUCUAAUUUUACAUUUUAUACACAGAUCUGAAUGUUUUAGUGUGAUCUCUUAUGUAGUAUAAGUAAUUUGGCUAAAGCCAUCAAGAUUAUUUUGGAAAUGUAUUCAUAUUAAUGUUACUAAGUACAUUUAUUUAUUUUGAAUAACCAUCGAUAUGAUACUUUAUAACCAAAGCACCAUAUAAUAAAUACUGAGUUUGUCUAGUUAUACGCGUAUUUGCACUCAAUAGAUUUAAAUCUCAAAUUUAGUUUAUCAACGUGAAAUAAAUGUAAUUCUUUUAGAAUGUUACAUGACAAAAACUGAUUUAUGAAAUCGUAUUACUUAAUAUUUUCAAAUAGUACUUACUGUACCUAUGUAAGUUCUAUUAGCAGAUGCUAUUUUGAGGUAUGUAAACUAUUGUAAUAAUAAUGCUAGUUUGAGCUGUAGGAAUAGAAACAUCUAUUUCAAUUUUAUUUAAAAGUAAAAAAAUAUCAUAAUAAAUAGUUGGAAAGAUGGUGUUUUGAAAUUUUAGAUUUACUAAAAAAAUAGAUAUUAGACAAAACAAUUCCUGGUUGGCACUCUAUUAUUCCUGAUACUUAUGAUUUUGAUAUUAUUUAUUAAGGUCUGAUUUUGUACCUUAUUAUCGAUUAAGUUGUUUUUAUGUGAUUGUUUUUAUAGUAACGUUUUCUUGCCAGUUAAACCCAAAGAUUAUUUUGUGAGGUGCUAAGACAUAAUGAAGCUGUAGUUUUAAUUGAUUUAAUAAUUUGUAAGCGUUGAUUGAUGAUGUGUUAUAAUAUGACUAUUUGAGACAUUAUGUUAUUUUAUAUGAAUUGAUUUUAAAGCCAUUUGGUCUCCAUUACAAAUAGGCAAAAGGAUUUCUUAAUUUUGAAAACUAUAACAUAUAAAUAUUUUUAUUCUCAAAUUGGAUUGCUACCAGAAAUUAUUUGAUAUAGUUAUGUAUGUGUACAUGUAUGCUUGCAUAGUUAGACUAGGUAGAAUUUGUCGAAUAAACUGUUAGAUUCGAAGUACAUUUUCUGCAAUGUCAUUAUAACCGUACUAUUAGUGCAAAAUUUUACAAUUAAAUUUUUAUUUUAUAACUCAUCCUGGGCUGCAACUUUUAACGGCUGAGGAAGAAACUUGGUAAAUGCUCAGUAAGAGAGACUAUUUCUUAUUAUAGCGUAGAUAUCACCAACCUGAAUGAGUUUUAAACCUCAUCUCAUUUUCAUAGUACAUUACGGCGACUCCAGUCUAAUUUCUUAGUAAUGAAUGGUUGUUUCUUGAUCCUGCCGUCCUUCGAAAUUGUUGUCAAUGUUUAUAAAAUUCUAUUAUAUUAAGAUAUGCAAUGCAAGUGACCUAAGAAAAAGAAUACACGACUUUGAUGUUAUAAAAAUGUUUUUUAGAUCUUGCGUUACAAAAUUUCACAUCUCACUAUGCACAAUUUGUAUACAGCACCACAAAACGUGCCAAAUAUUUAUUAAAGAAAAAUACAACAAAUUUAUUUUUUUGACGGCUGCGCAGAAAUGAGAAAGUAAAUAAAUUACUUACAUCUUGAACGAACGUAGGUGCUGUUUACUAGUGUAAACAUGUAUUUUUCUAUUAUUUACUAUGUAUUUUUCGUCAGUCCUCAUUACUCGUUAGUUUAUAUAUUAUAAGGAUUGAUUUGAGGGUAAAUUAACUUUAUUUCUGUGUAUUUUAAAAUAGGGGAAUAUUACGCAUAACUCGACACAGAUGGCGGUACCAAUGCAAACCAGUUGCUAUCACGAAGCUAUAUAUAAUACUGGAACAUUUUGAUUCAAGGUAUAUAUAUCCUUUAUAAGUAUAACUUGUAGUCACUGAAUACCUUUCUCCGCGCAAGUAGGAGAGGUUGGGCUAUAGGUCCAUAGGUCGCUGCAUGGUUUAUAUCCGGCUCGAAGGACCAUGUUUAUAAAUGAAAAUAUUAAUGUGAAACUUUAAUAUUGUAGCUUGCUAUAAAUAAAAGGUCCGGAGGUGUUGAAACUUCGUGUAUUUACUCCAAGACGGAGGCACUAAGAGUCCCUCUCUUAUUUGAACAAAAAAUACUCAAAAUGAGCCAUAAACAAUAAAAAUAACCAAAACAAAAAAAAACUAAAAUGUUGCUAUUUCCAACAACAGAUGAAAGAGACAGCAAUACAUACUUUGGAUCAAAAAGUUCGUAGCUUCAUGGUGCCACUGCUUUCAAAGACUGUUUAUGUAAUAACACGCUGUUUACCUCUUAUUGUAGUGCUCCACUGUAGCAUAAUAACAAACAUACAGGCUUGUAUGGUGAUUUAUUAUCUCGAAAUAUUAUGCUAUGAGGGUAUGAUUUUAUUCUUAUUCAAACCACAUUAAAACUCCUUGAAACACAAUCGCAAUGAAUGUAAAUGUAAAAUCCGUGUUUCACAAAUAGUUUGUUUUGUAUCGUUGUUGCCAUUUUGAUGUCUUCCUAAAUCAAAGAGAUUGAAUACUUUUUAAUUUUAUAUACCAAAGAUCUUUAAUUUUAUAUUUAUAAUGUCCAAUUAAAAUAAAUCAGUAUAUGUAAA